AGAGCAGCGAGGGGUCCCGGUGGGCGCUGCCCCGCCGCGGCUCCGGGGGGCUCCGCCGGAGGACGGGGAGGAGCCGGGCCGAGGGGGCCCCGGCAGCGCCAGCCCGCGCCGCGCCGCGUCCCCGGCGGCAUGGGAGGAGAGCGGAGCGCGGCAGGGAGCCGCCCGCCGGGCCCCGGCAUUGGCGGCGGCGCAGCAGCGCUGGCAGCGGCGGCGCCGGGAGCCGCGGCCGCCGAGGGGAGGGGUCCGGCUCCGUGCGGUCGCGGCGGAGCCGGCGCUGCGGCAGCGGCAGCGCGGCGGGGCGGAAGUCCUUUGUUGCAGCCGCGGCGGCAGCGGCAGCAGCAGCAGCGGCGGGAGCGGCGCGGGCACAGCUCCCCGUCGGCGGCCGCCGCCUCUCGCCGAGCCGCGGGCUGUAAUCGAAGUACAAGAUGGCAAAAACCAGCCAUAGCAACUAUGUCCUUCAGCAGCUAAACAAGCAAAGAGAGUGGGGCUUUCUGUGCGACUGCUGCAUCGCUAUCGAUGAUAUUUAUUUUCAAGCACAUAAAGCAGUCCUUGCUGCCUGCAGCGCCUAUUUUAGGAUGUUUUUUAUGAACCAUCAAAACACUACAGCCCAGCUGAAUCUAAGCAACAUGAAGAUUAGCGCUGAAUGCUUUGAUCUUAUUUUACAGUUCAUGUAUUUAGGAAAAAUUAUGACAGCCCCUGCCAAUUUCGAGCAAUUUAAAGUGGCCAUGAACUAUUUACAGCUAUAUAAUGUGCCUGAGUGUCUAGAAGAUAUACAGGACACAGACUCAUCUAGUUUAAAAUGUUCAUCUCCUGCUUCUAGCACGCAGACUAAUAAAAUGAUAUUUGGUGUGAGAAUGUAUGAAGACGCACUUGCUAGAAAUGGCAGCGAAGCAAACAGGUGGGGCAUGGAACCACCAAGUUCAACGGUAAAUACAUCCCAUAACAAAGAGCCUGAGGAAGAAACUUUGCACCUCAACAGCUUCCCUGAGCAACUGUUUGAUGUCUGCAAAAAAAGCACCACAUCCAAAUUCUCUCACACGAAAGAGCGCGUGUCGCACUCGCGCCGGUUUGGAAGGAGCUUCACCUGCGACAGCUGCGGGUUUAGCUUUAGCUGUGAAAAGCUACUGGAUGAGCACGUGUUAACAUGCACCAACAGGCAUUCCUACCAAAGUGCCAGGUACUACAGUGCUGAGAAAAUAGACUUUAGUGAAAAGAACUCUACUUCUAAAAUGAUCUCCACACAAACAGAAAAAUACAAGGGGGACUCGAACCAUGCUGCGGACGAUUCAUCGUCUCCCGUGUCAAACAUCACGAGCAGAAAAAGCAGCACUGUUGCCUCCGAGACAUCAGGUGAAGAAGGAAGUAGAGCCUCUGAGAGGAAGAGGAUUAUCAUCAAGGUGGAGCCAGAGGACAAUCCUACGGAUGAGCUGAAGGAUUUUAAUAUUAUCAAGGUGGCAGAUAAAGACUGCAAUGAGUCUUCUGACAAUGACGACCUAGACGAUGAACAGGAAGAGCCGCUUUACAGAUACUACGUCGAGGAGGAGAUGAGAGAGAAGAGAAAUGCUCGGAAGACUCUAAAGCCUCGCUUAUCCAUGGAUGAGGAUGAAAGAAAGUGUUUGAAAAGUCCACGGCACCUUAACAGCAAGGCUUCUUCAGUGCAGGAAGAUGUGGAGAAUGCUCCCUGUGAACUUUGUGGGCUAACAAUCACUGAGGAAGAUCUGUCCUCUCAUUAUUUAUCCAAACACAUAGAAAAUAUAUGUGCUUGUGGCAAGUGUGGUCAAAUACUGGUCAAAGGCAAGCAGCUACAGGAGCAUGCACAGACCUGUGGAGAACCCCAGGAUCUGACCAUGAACGGGAUCAGAAAUUCUGAGGAGAAAAUGGACUUGGAAGAAAACCCCGAGGAGCAGUCAGAAAUAAGGGACAUGAUGUUUGCAGAGAUGCUGGAGGACUUCAGGGACGGUCACUUCCAAAUGAACAGCCUUCAAAAAAACCAGUUAUACAAGCAUUCUGCCUGUCCUUUCCGAUGCCCUAAUUGCGGCCAGCGUUUUGAUACAGAAAACCUAGUGGUUGAACAUAUGUCAAACUGCCUGGAGCAAGAUCUGUUCAAGAACUCCAUGUUGGAAGAGAACGAGAGGGAUCACAGGCGUAAGCAUUUCUGCAACCUUUGCGGGAAAGGAUUUUAUCAGCGUUGCCACUUGCGGGAACACUAUACCGUUCAUACCAAGGAAAAACAGUUUGUUUGUCAGACAUGUGGGAAGCAGUUCUUAAGAGAGCGCCAGUUGCGGCUCCACAAUGAUAUGCACAAAGGCAUGGCCAGCAUCCUCGGGGAAGCUGAACUCUUACAUUCAUCUCCUAUUUCCUGAUAAGGAAAAAGGCAGCCCAACCUCUUACAAAUGAGACACAUCUCUGCUAUCUGCCCUCUUCGUGAGAACUGGAAACCUUCCUGCAUUCAGCUCAUCCCACAAAUAUGCUCUGGAGCUUUCUUGGUGUUUCUUGAAGCAGACUGGGUAGUGCUCUGCACCACUGGGUUUGUGUGGUUGGCCUGGCCCAGGGCCAGGAAUGAGCUGGGCCCCUUGUCUGGCCAAACCCCAGGAAUGGCUCCCACCUUCCUCUGGCCUUCCUGCCCUCCAGCUGUGGGCCCAGAUGCAGCUGUGGUGCUCCUCUGUUGGCCUCUGCCCCUUGCUGCUUUUCUCAGUAAGGGGAGACAGUUGUCUCAUUUUGGUCUAAUGCUGAAAGCUCAGGGUAAUUCUCUGUGUGAGUUAAACUGAUGCUGGCAGUAUCUGUUAUUAUCCCUGUGUGCUUCUGACUUUUAAGUGCUUCUCAAUCUCAGAGGGUUAAAAAUCAAAUCUUCUGACUUCCCUAAUUCUCAGCUGAUUUGAUGCUUGUCGCAGACUUAAAGACCUACAAGAUGAAACAUGACUAAUUUGACUUUAUAAAGUCUGCUGAAAGCUACAAAUUAGGAACAUGUUUUCAAAAGCUGACAUUUCUGUAGUUCUCAGCUAUAAACCAGUUUUCUGUAUUUUCUUCCAACUUCCAAAAACUCCUAAAAUAUUGCUGUGCGGUGUAUUCUUGAGACGUGUGAGUAGGCUGAGAUUUUGUAGGGAAAAGAUGCCAAAAAUCAGGACACAUUUUAUAAAUUGUCUUUUGCUGCUUUUGCAGUCACUUCCACAGCUCUGGAAUUAAUUCUGAUUUUAUUUUUUUAAUGCAGAAAGACAAAUCUUAAUUUGUAACAGGGCAGUAGAGCUCAUGACUCAGGAAUCACUUCAUCAUGACUAUAAAUAUUCAGCCCUGAAACAAACAGCCCAUGUUCCUUUUCAUGUACUUGAAUGGCCAGUGCCAGCUUCAUAGGGGAAAUGCUUUCAGAGCUUUAUUUGGGUUAUUUUUACCCUCAUAUAUCUUGAAGGGUGGGGAUUUUAAAAUUAAUGUAAGACAAAAGAAAACAACGUCGUGCAUUGUGCUUUUAGAGAAAUGGUUGUCAGUAAUUCACGCAGAUUCCCUCUGUAAGAGUGGUUGGAAAUACAUUUCUAAAGUUUGUUAUUAAUAUGUUAAAGGGAACAUAACAGAUCUAAAGGGAACAUAACAGAACUGUGAGAUGAGAAAUUCUCAGAUGGUCCAGGGCCAGGUUUGACUGUCUCUUUUGUGUAGCCAGCGUGGCACACCUCACCCCAGCAGCCUUGAGGUUCAGACGUGGUCAGGAUCUUUGAUUCUCUUGCAAGAAAAUGAAAAGCUUUAAUCCUUUCCUGUGCCUUCUGGCAUACUAAAAACCAUAGUAAAUCUUCCUGCAGCUACAACCACAAAAACAAUGCUGCAUGUAGAAUUUCCGGUGGGAGGAAAAAAAAAGAAAUGGUUCAAGAACUUCCCUCUCUGACAAAGUUCUGCUGCAUUUAUUGUUUUCACUCAAACUCGUGUGAUUUGCAUCAAUGACAUUUUGGGGUGUACUUACUUUUGUUUGCAAAUAAUAGGUGACUUCAGAUAAAUCUGUCUUGUAGUUCUGUAGACAUCCCCAGACUCCUGAAAGGGAAUGAGUGCAUCCCUCAUAGGCCUCUAAAUCCUGGAAGCUGUGUAGUUUGUAGGAAAUCCACUGGAAAUCAGGACUGUUGUAAAUCUUUAGUUUCUCAAUUUGUCUGUCAGGCAAAGUGCCACCAGUGUCAGCAAUUGCCAAGGUCUCUGCAGCAGCUGUGUUGCCAACACAAAGAUGCAAAAAUCAGUCUUUCCCCCUCUCUUUUCCCCCAUCUCCCCUGAUGUCAAGGUUGCUAUUUUAGAAAUGCAUCCUUUCAGCUCUUUUAUUUGCCUUCUGUUUUUUGAAAAGGAAGAUUUGCUUUUUUCCUAUUUUAAAUCAAUGAUUAGGGCUAAGAAGUUGCUUUCUUUAAUAGCUUUCACAUGUUCAGUUGAACCUACACAACUCAGUAAUACCUGUUCUCUCCUUUUUAGGUAACCAUCCCACUACAUUGCGGGUGGUCACCAGAGGGACUUCUGCUUUUGAUUCCCCAGAAAAUGAAAGGGAAAAAUAACAUAUUAUCCUUCUCUCCAUGGCAAAAGCCCCAAAGACCAUGAAAGUUUGUGGAAAUGCAGAUAAGCUGGCUAAAAAUAGAGUUUGCUGAAUACCAUAAAUUGCUUUUGGUUUUGGCAGCAGAUACACCAGACUUCUGGUGUCAGUUACACUCCUCUUACACAAGUUGUUGUUAGGACUUUUAGUUAGGAUGCUAAAGAUGGUGCCCUGCUUUCUUCCCUGCCUGUGGGUUUCCUACUGGUACCUACUGGUAGAGUCCCAGCUUCCAAAUUACUGAGGUUCUGGUUUCUAGCCAUUGGUUAUUGAAUUACUUAGAAUAAAUCAGAAACACUUUAAGAGACAAAAUCUAAAGUAUCCCUCCUUUGGGAAAAGAAUAGAUACAGUAAUAUUUUAGGAGGAAGAAAUACAGGGUAGGAUCUCUUGGAACUGAUGAAGAAAUUGUCUUAGUAUGCCCCACAGCCCAGGAGAGAGCUCAGAUGUCUGAGCUACAUUGUUAUCAGGUGAAUUAAAUAGAAGUUGUUUACACUUACAUAUGCUGUAAAAUAUGACACUUAAUACUCUGCAUGCCUGGAAGUCUGAGGGUUAGCCCCACCUAGUCUGCUUUCAGAUGGAUUGUGUUUCACUUAGAUUUUACUGGCCAUUGCUGACACAGUCAGUUCUGCCAGAAAAGACAGAGGUCCUGAUGUACAGUAACUUAAAAACUGGAAAAUAACUCAGUCAAGACACAAGAGAUUUUACAGUAAUUGUUACAGUUCUUUCAGCUUUAGUUUGUGGUGCAAAGAGUUAAAUAGUUCAAAGGCAGUUUCCUUUGGAGAAUGUUUAUUUGAUCAAGUUCAGUGUGGCUUAGACCCCAAACAGAAAUACCAGCUUCAAACAGAGCCCUGCUGUGAGAGAAGGAAUGAAUAGUCUGUGGCCUCCCAGACCUCACAAGCUAUGUUGGUUUGUUGCACAGAGUCAAAACAAAGAUGUCCCUUAGAACACAUAUAUACAUUAACUCAGUGUAUUUCACACACAUCUUUUAUCUCCCAUCUACUUCUCUCCCUGGUCCUUUGGGCAGUGACAAGGCCACUGAGAUCCUGAAUGAGCUACAGUCUCCUCAGUGAAAAGUAUAAAUGGUGUGAUGGGACCAUCCAAGCUACUUAGAUUGUUAGAGAGCGUUAGGGGAGCUACUGCUCCUGUUUACUAAGACUGAAGUACUGCAUCCUUUGGAUUUUGGAACAGUGCUUAUCUUUGCUUCUUGGUUCCCUUUACAUUGCAGGAAGCAGGGUGAGGAAGAACCCAGUGGGUGCUUCUCUUAGAUGGAGCCUGGAAGAUCUUGUUGGCUGAGGCGUGUUGUUGUUUUGUUUCUUCAGGUCCUUAGCUGGCUGAAUCUUCAGACUUCUAAUAAAUGCACUAAGCCUUGAAAAAGCAUUAUUAAUGCAUGAUGAGAUACACCAAGUUCAGCCACUGAACAUAAGAGUGAAACCCAUGCGGAUGCUGUUAGCGCAGGAACCUGGUAUCGAGCCAAAUCUGGAGAGCCAUCUUUGAUCUGUCUCCAGAUCCUCCUUUUAUUUGUAAACAUCCAGCUAAUCACAGACUUCCUCUGACUUUGAUGAAGUGGAAGGAGCCGCAUCCUCUGUGAGCGCUGGGAAGGGCUGGAAUUCUGCAGCGGCUCAGGAUGCGGGAUGGGGGCUCCAGCGCCAUCUCGUGGCUCGCUGGGACCCGCCUGUCCCUGUUCCCAGGGCUGGAAUGCUCCGGUUUGCUGGGAGAGGGGAAGCAGAUUCUCCCUCGGCUGUGCAUCCCCAAUCAGCCCUAUGCUUAGGGCAGCUGCGCGGUUUUGGUCUGCGAGGAGGGCACAAGGUUUUAUCUCUCAUCUCCCUUCCUGUGGGCUGCAGGCUCCCGGCAGUGCCGGCGGCUCCGAGUGUGCUACACCCCACCCCGCCACAGCUGGCACUGAUUAGCAGUGUUUCUGCUGUCUCAUCGGAAAAAUGUGAUUUAAUAUGCACAGGCAGCCCACCUUCCUGCACUCAGAGGUGGCCCCACACAGCACAGCCCAUGUAUUUCAGAGAGGUGGUGGAAUGAAGCUCAGCUCUGUGUGUGAGUUGUCGAUUUGGAAAUGACAGAUUUUGGACUGCAGAGUGCAGGGUGACAUGGUGAUGAACAGCAAUGGCAAACACUGAUGUCACCCGGGGAAAAACAGUGCUCACAUGCACACUGUAGUUAGAACAUCUACUUUCCAUCCUUUGUUAGUUUACAAAAAAAAAAAGUACUUCCUGACUUCUGAGCUAGUCGUGUAAGAGUUACUUUGCAGUAUCAGCACUGGUCCAGUGAAUUCCCCUCCAAGAUUUUAAGAAUGUGGUAGGCAGACAUAUGGCCUUGCUGCCAGAACCAGCAGUACUUUGAAGGUAGCAGUUUGCCCAAGAUGUGUUUCCCCUGUUCACAUUGCCCUCAUGGCACAAAACAAAAGCCUUUUGUCCCAGCUGACCUUUUUGCCCACCUUAAGUAUGUGACAUGGCACAGAGGGCAGAUGAAAUCCCAGGCAAGCCUGGGCCUGGCACAUGCAGUGAGUGAGGGCCUGGCCAUGGUGCACACCGAGGUGUGGAGCAUCACUCGAGGCUUUCCUCUCCCAGGUGUGCCAGGAAAUUCAGCCCUGAGCUGGCCUCGAGGAUGCUUUGGCAGGUAAGUGAUGCAAAGAGCUGCUGAACUUGGCUUCAUGUGCAGCCUCUGCAGUGUAGACACAACCCCUUGGGCCAGGGCUGCCACAGUCUCACAGGAGCACCAAGUGUAAGUUAUCCACAAGUGGCACGAUCAUAUACUCUGUACAAUGUGAUUCACAUAUCCAGAGAACGAAGUCAGUGUGCAAAAAAACAACCCAAAUAACCCUGAGGAUUGUCCUCAAAAGUUAUAAACAUGAAUUUCCAGUUUCUUGAUUGUUCCUCUCCGACACAAAGCUGCUCAGAUUUGUCAUGAACUAGUGUGGUUGAAAGAGACUUCCAGAAAUCGUAAAUAUUUAUAAAAUUUAUCUGCAUUUAACCUAAAAUAAGAAUUUGAGGGGUAUGUGGGGGUGUGUGUGUCGAGUAAAUAUAUAACAGUUACCUCUGAGUUGGGCAAGAUAAAAAAAACACAAUAAAAAAUACAGUCAAAUAAGAAGCAGUAAGAAAUGUUCCAGAGUGGGGGUGUUCCAAGCUAUGAGUGGCUGAAGGGAAAUAAUACUUGUGCAAUUUUUUGAGCAUCCACUAAGCCAAGCCAUAAACCACUGCUGGAAAGUAACACAUACAGUAUGAAAACUUACUUCUGGGAGGUUUGGGAAGUGAAGUUUUUCUUCAGCAAAUCUGUAGCUGUUUUGAAAACAGAAGGCAAAGGAAAAAGAAGCAAAAGUUUCUGAAACAAGAUGACAACAUUGUUUAAGGUCGUGUUCUGGUGGGGUAGGGGUUGAAGGAAAUGUAUGGCUUUUUAAAAGAGUUCCUGACUGUGGUGGGUGCUCUGAAUAGAACUGAAGGAUGGGUAUUUAGAGCAAAACCACACAUGGUGAGGUGGGAGGGACCACAUCAUGCUAGCAAAUACAGUACUGCAGUGCGGGCUUCUGACUUUUAAUAUUUUUCUUGCAUUUCUU